GUCAAAAGUGCGUGUUUUCUUUGGCAUCGAAUUAUCGAAUGCUUACAUCUAAAUUUUCUUCCCUUGUGUGUGCGGCAGUGCGAUCGCGUAAUAGUAACCAAAUCACAAUAAGGAUUCCGUACUGCAACACUCGUUUGUCGGUCCCCCGAAACAAAAGGUGCAAUGGCAGACCCGUUCGACAGGGGUUACCCCAAGAAGCGGAUUCCGAGGGAGCAGCGGGUUCACGCAACGCCGGCCUACGUGCGCCUGAAAAGUUCGCAGUACCUUCACUUCCAAGAUCGCGACCCAGAACCGGAGCCCAGUCAGCAGCAAAUCAAGCCCGUGGUGAUUUUGUCAAAGCAUCCCGACCGGGCGUCGGCGCAGGCGGCUCUCGACGGUGCCUCGGGGAGUGGUGACGGCAGCUCCAAGCCGUCCCUGCUGCUGUCCAAGAGCUCAUCCCGGGCGUCCUCUCCCGCCGGCUCAAGCGGGAGUAACCUCCCGAGAGAGGAUGGCUCGGCCGGUUCUUCCGCUACCGGCGGCGCAGCGGUCGCCAGCGGGGGUUCCAGUUUCAAGCAAGCCACCCCCGAGAGCCUUGCAGACAGACUGGCCCCACCUCCAGACAUGGCGGCCCCCGUGAAGCUGGUAGACGACUCUCUCCAGUGGUGCGACAAUGCCCUUGAGUAUCUGGUCGACCAGCCCGACUUCUACGUGGUGGGAGUCGUCGGGAUGCAAGGUUCUGGAAAAUCGACCGUCAUGUCCAUUCUGUCAGGGCAGUAUGGACAAGCGGGCGAGAGGCAGUUGUUCAGGCCACAGAGCCGAGAGCUUCGUGAACUGGGCCAGCACUGCACCACGGGGGUGGACAUCUACGUCACUCCGGAGAGGAUGAUCCUCCUCGACACACAGCCGGUGCUCAGUGCCUCAGUGAUGGACCACAUGAUCCAGUUUGAGAAGAAAACCCCAGGGGGAGGGGACUUCCACUCCCUGGAGAACGCACACAUGAUGCAGUCUCUGCAAAUGGCUUCCUUCCUGAUGGCUGUCUGUCACACCGUUGUGGUGGUUCAAGACUGGUUUGCCGAUCCCAACUUUUUGAGGUUUGUGCUCUCUGCCGAGAUGCUGAAGCCUGCCACGUCCUCGGGCUCUCACGACUCUGGACUAACGAACGAGGACGUUGCGGAGAGCUUCCCCCACUUGGUGUUUGUGCAAAACAAGUGCACUCGAGGAGAUUUCUCACCCGAGAAUGUGGACGUCAUGAAGGAGACGUUGGAGGCCAUCUUUGCAAAGUCUAGGUUAAAGUGUAAAGGCCAGAUCAGCAUGAACGGCUCACUAAAAAAAGAAGAACAAUCCUUCAACCUGUUCCUCAUUCCUAAGAGGCUUUCAGAGCAAGAGGAGAAGAGGAGGAGCGAGGGGGAACCGCCCGGGUUCCAAGAUGGCGGACGUCUGGACCACUUGGCCUCCUCGUUCAUGCUCCAGGUUCUGGGCAUGCCGCGGCCUCACCUCACCCACACCACUCUCACCGAGAAGAACUGGUUCCAUUACUCAGCAAGACUCUGGGAGACAGUGAAGAAGUCUACAUUGUUCCUCGAGUACAGCCGUCUCUUGCCCUAAGGAGGCUCCAGCGUGGUCUGUAGGAUUGUGCUGAUGUGUAAUAUAGCUAUACAUACCUGUUGAAAUAAGAUUUUUCCAAGGGA